CCUAGGGCCAUGGCAGAGGGAGGCGCGGUCCAGGCGCUUCCUCCGCACAGGCGCGCGCAGGUCUUGCUCCAGGACAUGGCGGGCCUCACAGUGCGCCUUCUCGAGCUAGCCGGCAGCAAAUCGUGGCAAGGCAGCCAUCUCAAGAGCCUCUUCCCCCCUUUCCUGGCCGGAGCUCCCGUGCCCGCCGAGGGCCUGGUCGCCAACAGCACCAAAGACGUCCUGGCGCUCCUCGACUCGCAUCAAUCGCUUCUAUCGGACGCGGUGUCCGAGAUUGCCGAGCUCCAGAGCCUGGAGCAGGAGAAGCAGCGGAUCGCCGAGGCGGUGGCGGCCAAGGACGCGGUGAUCCGCGAGUUUGCCAAGCGCGUCAGGGACGUGGAGCAGGUCCUGGAGCUCACGCUGGAGGAAUUCGAGGAGUACAGGCGGCCAUCCAAGGAGAGGAAGACAAUGGACGCCGAGGUGGACGUGUCCGAGCUCGUCUCCUACGCUCAUAGGAUCAGCUACACGACGUUUGCUCCUCCGGAUUAUCUUCUCGGUCACCCCGGAGUGCUGGCUCCGGCUCCUCAGGAGCAGCAAAUGCGAGCUUCGCAGCUCUACCACUUCAGCGACAUGGAUCUGGGCGUCUUGAAAGCUCCGGCAACCGCACCGCCACCAGCGCCAUCGCUGCCGUCGCCAACGGUGGAAAAAUCACCACCGAAAGAAGCAGAAGCAGGAAAGCUCACGCCCUCUACUUCCACUCCGGUUACUCUUCCCGGACUGCCUCCCGGAAUCAAGCUCCCACCGAUGCCUCCCGGAUGGAAGCCCGGAGAUCCGGUUCCACUGCCGGAAGUGGUACCGCCAGCUCCAGCUCCAGCGGCACCGGCUCUAGGAGUAAUCCAGGUGCCGUUCGUGCAGCUGGAUCUAAAUCCGGAGCUCGAGGACGACUACGCCUCGGACUACAGCAACGAGGAGCAAAGUUCCGAGGAAGAGUGAGGAACAAAGAUGAAAAAACUCGAUUUUGCAAGUUAAAUCCAAACCUUGAAGGGGGAACAAAUACUCGAUUCAAAUCCAGUGUGGCCGACUUCUUGUAGACAGACAGGCCGCAUUCGGAAGUAAGGUGUUGAAUAUCACUGGCUUGAUCUUACGUGCUACUCGGACUGGGAGUGGUAAUCUUAGAAACGUUUAAGCCUCUCUUCUCACUCAACUUUCACGCAUUCCAGAGAUCGUCCGAGAAGGCCUGCCUCAACAACGUUACUGGUGUUGGCACUUGGAGGCAAAUCGUCUAUGCUGUGGCGCUAGUGCUGGUCGUUUUGACGCUCUUGCCGUUGUGGGAUGGCUUGGCCACCCAGCUUGGCAUUGGCAUUGGAACCCGGACUCGCUCGAUCUAUUUAUGUGAAAGCUUCCAGGAGAAACGAUGAGCUGCUUGAACAGCUCGUGCCCCUGGAAGAUCUUCCCGGCCUUGCACAGCGCCUCCACCAAGAUCUCGUAAGAGUUCACGUCGGGGAUCCGGCCGCUCUCGAUCAUCUCCUGGAACAAGUCCUUGGCAUCGCCCAGCCGUCCCUCGCGGCAAAGAAUGUUGUAAGUGGAGACGCUUGGGAGGAGCUCCUGCUGCUGCAAGGAUUUCAUCUCCUCGUACAACCCCCGGGCCUCGUCCACCAUCUUCAUCUUGCACAGCAUCUCGAUCGCGCACGAGAGAUCCACGGAUGUUUAGCCAGCCGCUCGCAUCUCCUUCACCAGCUCCAGCGCCUCGCCAGCGUUUUUCCUCCGGCAGAGCUCCCUAUCGUCUUGAGUAGCCGGACGCCAUCUCCCACCUUGUCGCCCACCACAAUCGUCUUGACGAGCUGGUUCAUAGAUCCCGCCGAUGGCAGCGGCACGUCUACGAACUCGUCGACGAGCUCCAGAGCCUGCGCUACUUCUCCCCGUUUCGUGAAAGAAUCCAGCAUCACCGACGCGAUGACAGUAUCCGGCUCGCACCCUUUCUCCAUCAUCCUCUAGAAGAGCCGAUAAGUGUCGCCGUUCUCCAGGCAAUCGACGAGCGAGCUGAAGCACACCACGUCCGGCUGAAGCUUCUUCUCCAGUAUCUCCGCCAGCAGCUUCUCGCCCUCGUAGAUCUUCCCGACUUUGCAGCACGUUUGCAGACUUGUCACAGUUUGGCGUGGAAUUUGCUGCCGAACAUUGGUUACCAGUAUUACCAUGUACUCUUCAGCAAAUCACGGAGUACAUGCAGUUUGUGAAGGAAAUAUUAAGGGAAAUUGAAGGGAAGCGAGGACUCAAGGAUGGCGAGGCAGCCAAAGAUGGGAUCAGUAUGAACGGAGGGCCCGCGUCAACCAAGGGAAACAUCUGGGACACGGACUACUGGCGCUCGGGAGUUUCCAAAACGCAGACGAUUUCUUCGGUCACUCUUCCGCAACAACAACACCAGCAGCAGCAGCAGCAGCAGCAGCAGCAGCAUCAACAACAAGAAGAAUCACAAGAACCGCAUUGCAACGAAGCUGGACGAUUUCUUCUUGUCGCCAGGCCAGUCUCAGCCGCCACUCAACAGCAGCAUCGUCAGGGAUGAGGGGCCGAGGCAUUUAAAUACCGUGGAAGUGGCUCAAAUGCAAGAAGGAGCUAGCAGAAGAAGUGGACGUUGUCAAGCAGCUGGAUGGCGAGAAGCAGGCGUUCAAAGAGGUUCCAGGAGGCCUUGGCUCUCCUUCGGCUGGUCUCAAAGUCAUUCAUGGCAGUUGACUUUUCUGGAGAAGGCAACUAUUCUGACGAUCCGGACGUUUGGAGACCGCCUGCUAGAGACGUUUAAGAACAAUAUGGAAGCCGGAGCCGGGCAAAUGGUGGCAGGAAAGUCCAUGCAAGAGAUCUUCUUCGUGGGCUCAGAAGGGUGGAGACAACAGCAACGGCAAGAUGGCAAGAGGUGGGAAAACAAGUGUUUCUGGUACUUCGGAACAGCACCUGCUGCUGGAGCGGCUGUUGGUAGUAAAGCUGCUGGUAAUUCUUCUCAACGAAUACUGGAAGAUCAACUCCGAGCAAACUCGAGUAAGGAGGAUCACCAUCGAUCAGCUCGUGAGGUGUGAGCUUGUGAACCAGCCAUGCGCCGCAGACAGGGGAAAGUUGAAACUCGUUACGAGGUCGCUUGAAGGCAGGGAGCUGUGGAUCUACAAGCGAAAGCAGCAAGAGGGCUGAGGGGAAAGAGGAGGACGGAGGACGGACGUCUUUUUAUCCCUUGGAGCUACCAUCCCUCUCUUGAAUCUACUGGUGUUUGAGCUGCUGCUGAUUCACAAGCUUCACAAAAAGAAUUUUUUAAUUUUUUUUAUUGUUGCAAGAAUUUGCUCAACACGGAGCUAAGAAAAAAAA